UUUUUUCUAGUUUUGGUUUUAUUCAUGAGUACGCUUAUUAUUGAUGCUGAUCACAAUGACGAUCUUUUACACAUCAACAAGGUAGAAGACUAUCAGUUAAGUUUUGAUAUGGACGACUUGUUUUCUCCUUCAACAGCGAUAGACUGUAGAAGACUAUCUUCAAGUUCAAAUGAAGAGUUUGAUAUUAAAGCACCACCACCUUCGCCGCAAGCGCAACCUAUGCUUGACAUGCUAUUUUCUCAGAAAUUAAAUGCUUCACUGGAACGCUUAGUAGAGAAAACAAUGAAUCCAUUAGAACAUGCACAAACACUGGAUAGAUUACUACGAAAGACACUCAAGAAUGAAAAGACAGGCAUUGGAAAGAAACAUAAGAGAUCUACUUCUCUGUCUAUAUCUGAUAACAGAAAGAGCUGGCAAGCAAAAGCAGCUAAUCAAAGGCUUAAAAAUAUAGCCAAAGCAACAGAACAUUCAGAGAAGUUAAAGACACAUUGUCUGACAGAAGAAGAAACAGCUGUGAUGAUUAAUGAAUUAAGGGAAAUGGGAUUGUAAUUAAUUGUAUAAUGAUAUGUAUUAAAUAAAUAAAAUAGUGCUUAUUUUUAAUAAAAAAAAAGUGAGAAAAUGAUCUAAAUAGUGUAUGAAUUAAUAAAGAAGACCUAUUCUAAUUUACUAUCAUGUCAAAUUAUCUUGGAUUUUGGUUUAUACGCAUUCAAGUACUGCUGUUGAUUGAGAC